AUUAAGCCGAGCGUAAUCGUCAAUAGUCGAUACAAUUUUGCCAAUGGCCAUCAUCGAUAAGUAAUAUCUAUUAUUGUCUACAAGAUUUCAGGACUACAAUAAUUUUGCUGCAUGAGUUUCCAAAAUGUACAGUGCGUUAUUGUGUUUAUUGCUACUGGGUGGAGCCACGUCACAGAAGAACGAUGGAUUAUUUGAAUUGAACAUCAUACACUACAACGACUUUCAUGCACAUUUCGACGAGGUCAGUCCGACGGGAUCAGCUUGCAAUCCAUCCGUGGAUCCUUGUAUUGGAGGAUUCGCGCGUUUGUACACGGCGGUGCAACAGGUCCUGGAGGCCGAGCCCGAUUCACUACUGUUCAACGGAGGCGACACUUUCCAAGGAACCAUCUGGUACAAUUUCCUCACGUGGAAUGUAACACAGCAUUUCAUGAAUUUGCUCCCGCACGAUGCGCAUGUAUUGGGUAACCACGAAUUCGAUCAUGGUGUGGAGGGAUUGGUACCGUAUUUGAAACAUUUGAAAUCCCCUAUGUUAGGGGCCAACGUGAACACCACUUUCGAGCCUACGAUGACCCCCUACAUCAAGAACCACAUAGUGGUGACGCGCAGAAAUCGCAAAAUAGGAAUCAUAGGAGUUCUACUACGAUCGUUUUCAGCUCCUAUCGGUAAUGUGAUAAUAGAAGACGAGGUUGAAGCUAUCAAUCGGGAGGCAGCGAUCCUGACGGCAGCCGGAGUUGACAUCAUCAUUGUGCUCUCACACGUCGGAUACACUAGUGAUUUGUUCAUGGCGAGACGCAUAUCCUCAGACGUCGAUAUCAUAGUGGGCGCACACUCCCACACUCUGCUCUACACUGGCGAAACACCAAGUGGCCAAAACCCAGUCGGUAACUAUCCAACGGUCGUCACCCAGGAUAAUGGGCACAGGAUACCAGUGGUGCAAGCAUACUGUUACACACGUUAUUUAGGCAAUAUCAAGUUGUUCAUCGACGAUGACGGCAUUGUCCAGCGUUGGGAGGGCCAGCCCAUAUACCUGGGAUCUACUAUUGUGCAAGACCCUGAAAUCCUGAAAGAAUUAGAACCAUGGAGAGAAGAAGUGGAUGCAGUGGGGAAAGAGGUGCUUGGAUCUACAUUAGCUACACUAGAUCAAAGGUGCACCCAAGGAGAGUGCACUCUUGGUACAUGGGCUUGCGACGGCUUUCUUGAGGAACUAAUGGACCGGGCGAAGGGUUCAGCUUGGCAUGACGCACACGUGUGUUUGAUCAAUUCUGGCGGUUUACGUGUACAGAUAGAUCCUGGCAACGUGACGACUGAAGCUUUAUUAAUGGCUAUGCCGUUCGAAAACCAUGUGCAAGUGUAUGAUCUGAAAGGGAAAUACUUGCUGGAGGCGCUCGAGUUCUCGGUGGGAGUAGAAGUGUCUGGCAACUUUAACAGCCGCCGUAUGUUGCAGAUUGGCGGAAUGCGCAACGUGUACAACGUGUCGAAACCGAUAGGGUCCCGCGUGUCGGCCACGGUGCGCUGCAUAGAGUGCGACGUGCCGCGAUACGAACCGCUCGAUCCAGACGCCACCUACCGUGUGGUCACGCAAAACUAUAUCGGCGACGGCGGCGGUGGAUACACGAUGUUAUCAAACAAUAGGGAAAAUGUGGAAACAUUGCCCUAUGCGGACUACGUGAUGUUGCAACACUACAUGCGGCGGCAGAAAACAGUUGUCCGGGACCUCGACGGAAGGAUACAGAUUGUAUAUUUUAAAAUGCACAGUGUGGUGUUGUGUUUAUUAUUACUCGGCGGAGUUAUCUCACAGAAGAACGAUGGAUUAUUUGAACUGAACAUCAUACACUACAACGAUUUUCAUGCACAUUUCGACGAGGUGAGUCCGACGGGAUCGGCUUGCAAUCCAUCCGUGGACCCUUGUAUUGGAGGAUUCGCGCGUUUGUACACGGCGGUGCAACAGGUCCUGGAGGCCGAGCCCGACUCACUACUAUUCAACGGAGGUGAUAGUUUCCAAGGAACCAUCUGGUACAAGUUCCUCACAUGGAACGUAACACAGCACUUUAUGAACAUGCUCCCGCACGACGCUCAUGUGUUGGGUAACCACGAGUUCAACCAUGGUGUGGGGGGAUUGGUACCAUAUUUGGAACGUUUGCAUUCCCCCAUGUUAGGGGCCAACGUGAACACCACUUUCGAGCCUACGAUGACCCCCUACAUCAAGAACCAUAUAGUGGUGACGCGCAGAAAUCGCAAAAUAGGAAUCAUAGGAGUUCUACUACGAUCGUUUUCAGCGUCAAUCGGUAAAUUGAUAAUGGAAGACGAGGUUGAAGCUAUCAAUCGGGAGGCAGCGAUCCUGACGGCAGCCGGAGUUGACAUCAUCAUUGUGCUCUCACACGUCGGAUACACUAGUGAUUUGGUCAUGGCGAGACGCAUAUCAUCAGACGUGGAUAUCAUAGUGGGCGCACACUCCCACACUCUGCUCUACACUGGCGAAACACCAAAUGGCCAAAACCCAUCCGGUGACUAUCCAACGGUCGUCACCCAGGAUAAUGGGCAUAGGAUUCCAGUGGUGCAAGCAUACUGUUACACACGUUAUUUAGGCAAUAUCAAGUUGUUCAUCGACGAUGACGGCAUUGUCCAGCGUUGGGAGGGCCAGCCCAUAUACCUGGGAUCAUCCAUUGUACAAGACCCUCAAAUUCUGAAAAAAUUAGAACCAUGGAAAGAAGAGGUGGAUUCAGUGGGGAAAGAGGUGCUUGGCUCUUCAUUAGCUACAUUAGACCAAAGGUGCUUCCAAGGAGAGUGUGCCCUCGGUAUAUUGGUUGCCGACGCCAUUCUUGAGGAAAUAAUGGUACGGGCAGAAGGUGCAAAGUGGCACGACGCACACGUGUGCCUGAUCAAUUCUGGUGGGUUGCGUAUGCAGAUAGACCCCGGCUACAUGACGACUGAAGCUCUAUUAAUGGCUAUGCCGUUCGAAAACCAUGUGCAAGUGUACGACCUGAAAGGGAAAUACUUGUUGGAGGCGCUCGAGUUCUCGGUGGGCGUGACGAUAACGCCCGGCAACUUUUUCAGCCGCCGAUUAUUACAGAUUGGCGGAAUGCGCAACGUGUACAACAUGUCGAAGCCGAUAGGGUCCCGCGUGUCGGCCACGGUGCGCUGCAUAGAGUGCGACGUGCCGCGAUACGAACCGCUCGAUCCAGACGCCACCUACCGUGUGGUCACGCAAAACUAUAUCGGAAACGGCGGUGAUGGAUACACGAUGUUGUCAAACAAUAAAGAAAAUGUGGAAACAUUGCCUUAUACAGACUUCGUAAUGCUGCAGCAGUACAUGCGACGCCAAAAAACAAUCCUCCAGGACCUCGACGGAAGGAUACAAAUAGUAUAUUAGUCGCUGCAAAAAUAAUUCAUACAUCCUUAGGACCUAAGUGGACGACGGACU